CUUAAUGGCUUUUUACCAAUUUGAUUCUAGAGUGAGAGCAUAAACAUAUCGAUAGAAGAGGAUUUGAUAAGAUGAGCGAGAGGUGGAGAUAUUUUCGUGUUAAUGGGGACCAACCAUAUUAUGCAGGUAUAUAUUCUGGUCUCCCCUUCUAAAAGAUCAAAGCUUGUUUACUGUGAAUAUCUAUUAUGGGGGUAUGUUUCAUAGCAAGCAAGGGUUAAAUAGAAGAUAUGUUGGGGGAGAUGUUUUGUAUGUAGAUGGAGCAGUUCCAGACAAGAUCUCUAUGACGGAGUCAGUUUAUUGGGCAUAUGAUAUUGGGUAUGAACGUCCUCCAAUGCAAUGGUGGUUUAAGAUACCAGGUAGUGAAGAUAGCAGUGGUUUUUUGCCUGUAACAAGUGACUCAGAGGCAACUGAUAUGUGUAGAGUUGUGUCCCCAAGAACAAGAUUAAUGGAGUUAUUUAUAGUUUGUGAAGCAGAAAUGAGGGUGUUUAAAGAUGAUGAUCUAACUCGGUUUACAGAAAAUUUGGAUCAUUCAGGGUUUUUAGGUUGGAAGAUUGAUGAUGUUGAAGACGAGUAUGAGACUACACCUAAUGAGGACAAAGACUUGCUGAAAAUUAUUGAAGAGAAUGAAAGAAGUGUGAGGGUUGUGGACAAAGUGCAAGAGCAAGUGCAAAUGAGGAAAAAAAAUAAGGUUGACAAAGGUAAGAGGCAUGUUGAAGAAGCUCCAAAAUCACAGAAAAAAAAGAAGGAAGACCACCAAAACCUAAGACGUACUCGACGAGAAGCAUAGGGUACAUUUCAAGACAACGUAGAGGAGAGAGUUCAAGACAAAAUGGAGGAAGAGGUCAAUUAUACUUCAGAAAGUUGUACAGAUUCAGAUGAUCCCAAUUUUGAUGGGAUUGUUGAUUCAGAUUAUGAUUUGAAUUCAGAAGAUGACAAUGUAGAUUUUGAGCGGAAUGUGGAUGGUGACAAUAGAAGAGUUCAUGAAUGGGAUGCAAUGGGGUUUGAAGGUCAGAUUUCAGAAAAUGAUAGCGAUGAGUCUGAUGGCUUAAAAGAGUUUGCAUGGAUCAUCCAAUGAAGAAGGUGAAGAUAGAGGGAAGUUUCCUGUGAAGUGUCCUAAAAGGUUUAGUAAUUGGAGACAGUUCAAUCCCAAGGUGGAUAUGAAGGAACCUACAUUUAUAGUGGGGAUGGAGUUUCCUAGUUCUAAGGCGUUCAAAGCUGUUGUACGGAAACAUUAUGUUCAAACUGGGAAGGAGCUUAGAUUUCCUACUAAUUGCCGACAUAAGGUGGAAGCUAAGUGCUUAUAUGAAGGCUGCCCUUGGAGGAUAUAUUCAUCCACCACAGAUAAGAAAAACCUAUCAAUUUGGAUUAGGACAAUCUAUUUAGAGCACAUGUGCACUACACUUGGAAAGAAGGUUUAUCACAUGCAUGCACCUUUCAUAGUAGAGGAAUAUGCAAAUUUCUUCAUGACUGAUCCCAAGUGGAGCAGAGAACGAAUUCAAAAUGCUGUAAACCGUGAUUUUGAGAUGGAAGUUGAUUACCAAAUGUGUUACAGAGCAAAGAAGCAAGUAGAAAACAGAGCACAAGGGACUUAUGAAGAGCAAGUAGAAAAGAGAGCACAAUGUGUGGAAAACAGGGUCAUAAUUCUAGGACUUGUUUACGAAGGAAUCCGGUAUGAGAUGAAGAUGAUGUGUUUUACUUGUCUUUUUUAUGGUUGGAAAGAAGAUUAUAUUUGUGAUUUUGUUGGUUGUAGGGUCAAAAUGUGCAGCAGCCACCUAAUGCGAAUGAACAAGAUGGUGUGCAACAACAAAAUGCUCAUGAUGUUGCAGCUGGUUCCCAGCUACCACCUGAGUCAAGCCAGCCCCUUGAAAUUCAUUUAUAUUUGCAUGAAUUACGUUCUUUUUUAAUAAAUGCU